AAUAUCACAGGAUAAGGACUUCAAGAAGAUGUCAUUUUUCGUGGAUGUCGUAACUGAGGAUUCGUUCUAUGAAAAUCUGACUCUCGGCAUAAUCAAGUUUCUUGAGGAUUCACCGUGUGUGAAAAAUGUGCGAAUUGAAAGGCGAAAUGGCUGUGAUCCUAGUGUCAUUGCCAACUGGGAACAACGCCAUUGUUGCGUGCUCCCUGAGGACAUUCGAAAUUUCUACACCUCCAUUGACGGUUUCCUGCUGCAGUGGAAUCUUGAAAUAGCAGGUGAGGAAUUCUCAAUAGGAUACAUGGAGGUUGGUUGUCUAUCAUCUUUGAAGAGGUACGGCAGUAAGGAUCGGCAGAUGGGACCGUCAGCGCAAUCAAUUCAAUCGGAGAAUGUCAACACAGACCCAUCGGACUGCGUGAAUGUGAACACAUUUCCCGGAAAUUUGCGCGACUGUAAGCUCUUCGAGAUUAGUCAAUGUUUUCCAGGGCCUGAAAGUGGCAAGAUCUAUCUAACAUAUCGUUCCAAGCGAGAACAAGACUCGCCGGGUAUCUGGCUCCAUCACCAGACUGGUAGCUGGCAUCAUCUAGCCGAUAAUUUUACUACAUAUUUCCGUAUGAUGCUAGUUCACUUAGGCUUGCCACUAUGGCAGCAUUGCGUAGUUAAAUUACCUUUGCCCACAUGGAUCGAACAGGCAUAUUUUUUAGUUGGACCUCAUUUGUUGCCCACAAUUAUUAUGCCUACUGAAACCAUGUCCACAUCGUUAUGGAAUAAUGGACCCACUAACGUCCUUGAUCCAGCUAUCUUUAAGCUUACUAAAGAUAGUAAACAUAAAAAUAUUCGCAAGAAAUAAGCUGCUGCAUUGAUAAAACUUGAAAUUUUUAUUUAAAAUCAAACUUCUUAUCAACAUUCUAUAAAUUCUGGAUCUCAAGCAAAUUUGGCUUUGGAGAUUUUAUAAUAUUCGAAUAUUGUGGAAUUGAAAUAUUUCAUGUUUAAAAUUAGUUUCACUUAAUAUUUUGUCACUGGGUGAUGGUAUUUAAUAAUAGCUAUAUGUGUCUUUAUAUAGCACGAUUAAUAUGUCACUUAAUAUCGCGUAUCUACAUAAUUAUAUGUAAUUAAUUCAUCAAUCAAUAAAUGAAAUAAAUUUAUCAAUCAAAAUGAAAUACAUCAAACGUUUCAGAUCUGUCAAAUAUUAUAAAAUGCAGAUGAUUAUUAUUAAAAAAUUGAGUUAUAUAGUAUUUAGACUUCUUAAAUUUACUUUGAAAUUGUGUAUAAUAAUUAAAAAAUGUAAAAAAGUAUAUAAAGAAUAAAUAUAAAUUAUAUAAUAAAUCACAUUAGAUAUAAUUAUAUUAUGUAAUAAAUUUUAUUAGAGGUGCAAAUUAUAAUUCAAUGUCUUUAACAAUAUGUCUCCUCAGUUAUUAUUUCCAAAUUGGAUAUUUACCCAUGCUUUUUUAUUAAUUUAAAGUGUUACUAAUAACGUUUUAAAAUACUCCUUCACACGAUGAAAUGUACAUAAUUCCAAAAAACAACAAGACGAAGAAUCUUUUUUCGACUUAUUUUACAUUAUUAGUUUUAUACUUGUUGUCCAUUAUUUUUAUUUUGUAGUACUCAAAUACACGGUAAUUUUAAAAGAAUGAAAUAUUGACAGAGAAUGAAAUAUUCUAAUUCCAUCAGUUUUAUUCUGAAUAAUGCAAAAAACCUGUAAAAUUUGGUGAUAUACAGAAAUUUCUUUCUUCCUUCAUCAUCAAUCCUUGGCCCAGUUGGCACCGUAUUGACUAAGCGCAAAAACGCCCAAUUGGCAACAAAGUUGGCUGUGCAAACAUCUUUUCUUUUUCGUUGUUUUACUUUCACUAUUUUCUUAUUAUUGCGCAAUAUCAUAUAUUGUCUGAUAAAUGUGCAGUUAACUCUGCUUAGUAAAUAUUUGACAAAAACGUUUAUUACAAGAUUAUUUAAUCAUUUUUAAAUAUAUUUUUACUUUCGUGCUUCUUAAUAUAACCCAA